CGGGAAGUGGGUGGUCUUGUAUCAAGAAUCAGAGGCACGGCCGAGCGAGAAAUGGUGUCUAAAAAUGAUUUAACUUGUCUCGACAGUUGUUGGGUUGGCUAGUCAACAUAAUACAGAGACAAUAACGGAUAUCGUUUACCCACCAUCAUGGUCUCUGCGGGGGUGCUCCAACUGUGGGCUUUAGCUGGGCUCGCUGCUGUGCUCGUUGCUGAAGGUGACUACCAUUUGGUGAUCGCCCCGCAGUCUCCGGUGGUUGAGAUUGGGACCAACUUCACAGCUACAUGCAUGAUCAUUAACACGACUGAAGUCACAGCAGAUGAUCUCUUCUGGAAGCUCUCUGAAACUACUGUACCCAAAGAGCAGUACAUGAAGAUCAGCCGUUCAGCUCUUAAUGUCACUGUCGCCAUCAGAAAUGAAAACUCUGAAUGGUUAUAUUGCACCUGCGAGAAGCAGUCACACUAUUUUUUCCUGAAUAAGGGAAAAUUUAUUCAUGGGAUUUGGCUCAGGAAAGGCUAUCGUCCAGAGAAGCCAAAGAAUCUGUCCUGUAUAGCAGUUCAGGAGGGUACGCAAAUCUCACCAAGCAUCAGUUGUCAGUGGGAAGCAGUAGGACCUCAAACAGAAGCUGUCCCUACAAAUUACACACUAUUUGUUAAAAAAAGAACAAACGACAAAAUCUACAGUGCUUCAAAACGAGGGCCGACAAACAGCAUCCAAGUGGAUCUAGAAGUCUUCCCCCAUUUUGAUUCACUGGACAUCUGGGUGGUGGCACAAAAUGACCUCGGCAAAGAAGAGUCUGAGCACCUGAUAAAGUAUGCUCAAUACUUUGUGAAAACAAAUCCUCCAUCAGAUGUUGAAGUCAUUUCAGAGGCAGCUUUUCCCACCUCGCUUGUGGUGAACUGGAGUCAUCCUAUUAUUAAAGUAUAUGUGGACCUGAUAUAUCAAAUCCGAUUCCGCCAACUUAGAUCUCAUAUUUGGACUUAUGUACCUCUUGAGGAUACUUCGAGGUAUAUCGAGUCCUUUAGACUGCAGGACCUUCAACCAUACACAGAUUAUGUCACUCAGGUACGGUGCAAAUGUUCUGUAAAGGACUACGGUUACUGGAGUGACUGGAGUAAGAACGCUAUCAAGAGAACACCAGAGGAUAAACCAAAAAGUAAACCGGAUUUAUGGAAAAUCACUACAGAGGGUGGCAUAAAUAAACGACAAAUUGAGUUCAUUUGUAAGGAUCCUGAGCUUUCCAACGGAAUAAUAAGAAGAUUUAACAUAACAAUUCAAAUAAAAAAGGAUAAAAGCAAGAAUGGAAGUUGGGAGAGUAUUCAAGUCAACAGAAGUGUGCCAGACUUCAACAGAAUUCAAGAGGAGGUCACUCGCCUAAAAAAGAUUGAUUUGGCUGAUGAGCAGUCUGUAUACGUGAUCGUCACAGCCAUAAAUUCUGUGGGGGCAUCUCCUUGGAAGGUGUUGAUAUUUGAUCCAAAAAGAAAUGAACCUCCAGUGGAAAAGAUGGAGGUGCGAUCUCAUAAGGGUCAGCUGUGGCUUGAAUGGAAACCCCCCAACAGAACAGUGUCUGAGUAUGUAGUGGAAUGGGUCAGUGGUGGUGAGAUAGACUGGCAGAGGGAAAAUGGAAACAGCAACGGCACUGUAAUUAAAGGGGACAUUAAGCCGUUUGUUUGCUACAAUGUAUCAGUGUACCCUAUAUACUCUGGAAGGAUUGGGAAGCCAGUGCAUCAACAAGCCUAUGUUGAGCAAGGAGCUCCGUUACAAGGCCCCACUGUCAACCUGAGUGGUGACCCAGGACGUAACUCAGCUGUGCUUGUGUGGGAGGAGAUUCCGCUGACGGCACGACGAGGCUUCAUCACAAACUACACAAUACACUGGAAAAAUGCAACUGGAAUUUGUGUCAAAACUGUGCCAGCUAACACCACCUCAUACACUCUGACAUCAUUGUCACACAACACCAAGUAUGACAUUUGGAUAAAUGUUUCAACUGUCGCAGGCUCAUACAAGGGCCCAAAUCACUCAUUCACCACUCUGAAAUAUGCACCAGGAGAGAUUGAGGCCAUUGUAGUAGGAGCGAGCCUUGGGUUUCUGUUCAUUGUUCUUAUGACCAUGUUGCUCUGUUUCUACAAAAAAGAUGUGAUCAAGGAGAACUUUUGGCCUCAGAUUCCAAACCCUGGAGAGAGCACCAUUGGAAACUGGUCUCCUGAUUAUCCUUUGAAAGCCGAGGCACCGAGAGAGAACUGUCUAUCUGGCAUCAGUGUGCUUAAUGUGGAUAUGUGCGAUGCAAAGUGUGUAUUUGACGAGGACAAGGCAAGCCUGCCUCUGAAAAAGGACAAGUAUCUGUCUGAGGAGCACAGCAGUGGAAUCGGUGGCUCCUCCUGCAUGUCCUCACCUCGUCAGAGUGUGUCCGACAGCGAUGAGGGUGGCGAUAUGGCUGACACCACAGCCAGCACUAUUCAGUACUCCUCUGUGGUAGCAGCUUCCAGCGGUUAUAAGGGCCAGAACCCAAGCUCUCUGCCCCAGCAGUCCAUUUUUUCACGGUCUGAGUCCACACAGCCACUGCUGGACUGUGAAGAGAACCAAGACACGUUGGUGCAGGAGACCAGCAGACAGUGUUUCCAGAGACAGCCCUGCUUUACUCCCAACGUAGGGAAUGAAAGCACCACCAAUGGUGAUGGCUUCAACCCGUUGGAGAUGGAGCAGCAAGAGGUGCUGGACUUCUGUCCCCUGGAAGAAGACACUGAACAGACAGCACCAACAGAGUGUCAGUCUGAUGAAUGGAUCUCAGCACCGGUCUCCAGUUACAUGCCUCAACUGGGUGGCUACAGGCCACAGUAAGAACUCAGAUGGAUCAUCACCUACAUAUGUGGUCUUGUACCUUUUGUUAAUGCCUGGUGUUUAUUUCAAGUCUUCAAAGCAGUGAACAAGUCCCAGUAUAUGUUUUGCACUUAAUCAAAUAUAUAAAGCGCCCAAUUAUAGCACUCUGUAAAGAGCAAUGUGAAUUAGAGCUUGUAGCAGUAGUUUGCUUGCUUUGCACUCACUCUGAGAAAUUACACAGCCAUAUCUUUGUAAAUAAACUGACACCGUCAACAUGCUUGGAAAGUGUGAAAACUAUUUUAUUAUUUACAUAUGAGACACAAGCGUGAACUAAAGUUCUGGGAGAGAUGGCCACUACAGCAGGCACAUUUAAAUGCUAUCUUUGAUUUGUCCAUCCUUUCCUGUUUGAUCAGGUAUUAAUGUAGAGCUGUGGCAGGUUCAGCAUGUUCAGAUAUCUCAUUUAACAUACAGGAAGUGUCUUUUCAGCAUAAAUAUAUACACUGCACAUAAAUGUAACGAGAUAUUACAGUUUUAUACUAAUGUGAACUGCUAAUGACCUGCCAGUGCCUGUGCAGUGCAGUCUAGUGCCAUUUGGAAAAGAAGAAUAGGAAAUUGAGAAAAGUCUCUUUGUAGACGUCCUCAGUCUCAUGAUUUGUAAUUUAAAAGUGACAGCUUUUUGUGAAUGUAGUCUUUCUUUUUUUUAUUGCACUUAUGAGAUGGAACAUGAAUCUUUUACAGUUAAUGGUGAAACGGUUUCUUUUCAGUUUUCCUAAUGUUCAUGCUAGAUGCUGUUUUUGAAGGUGCAUCUUCUCACCUCAGUCUGUCAGAGCAAGCAUCACAUCUUAACUUGUUAUCAUCUUACUGUGUUCAGACGAUAUUGUGGUCACUGUGGUCAUAAACAGCAUUGCUCCAGCUCUUAUCAAUCACUGUUGAUUUUAUGCUGUCUUUUUCAAAUGACACCAUAUUGAAGCUUAACAAUAAAGUAUACGGGGAAAAGUCAA